AUGCCAGGAAACUCUCGCCUUUCCGCCACACGGCUGCAAACGCUGCUCCGUACCCUGACCAGUAUCGCGACUGAAAUGCGAGGAGGCAGUAAUCGACCGACAGAAUUCCUCGCUCUCCCUGCCAGCACAGUUCUAGACAAUACGAAAGAGCUCAUCUACCAGAGCUCUCCAAGGCUUGUCAAAGUACUUGGCGUGGUAAUUCCGUUCGUAUACCUUGCGUACGCUCUUCAUGACAUUGACUGGCACCUGCUCAAGGUCGUCGUCCUCGUGCAGAGAAUGAAGGCCUACUUCGAACGCUCGAUCUCCAUUUCCUCUUCGGAGCCCAUGCACCAUAUGGUCAACUCCUGGCUGGCCGAGCACACGAAAACCGACACGCGAUCAAUGUCGCUGCAGACCGGUGGUCCAAGCUACGGCUCCUCCGCCGAUGCUUCGCUGAAGUUUGUGCCGAACGCAGAGUCUACUUCGUUCCGCUUCAAUGGACGCACUUUCCAUGUAAGCAACGGAGCUCAGACCAUCAACCGAUCCUACAACCAAUCCGUCGACCGAUCCGACUAUCAAGGCAUUAUCGGCUGGAGAAACGAGCCAAAGACGGAUCAUGGCGUGACUCAAAGUGCUAGCAUGAAGAUUUCUUACGUCUCUUUCGGCAGCAAGGGCAUUGCUCCGAUAAAGGAGUUCCUCGAUCACGUGAGAGCAAAAGCAGCAAAAAGCAUAGGCGAUUCUCAGACUAUGUUUUACCGCAUGGAGACCAGUGGCGCCCGUUGGGCUCAAGCGACGGCGAAGCCCUCACGGAGCAUGGAUUCGGUCGCCAUGCCCCGCGACAAGAAGGAACUCCUCAUCAAGGACAUCGCCGCGUACGUUGCAGAAGGCAGUAAGAAGUGGUAUGCUUCAAUGGGGAUUCCGCAUCGACGUGGAUACCUGUUCUAUGGGCCGCCUGGUUGUGGCAAGACCAGUGCGAUCAAUGCUAUUGCAGGCGACUUUAAUCUCGACGUCUUCAGCAUCACCCUGUCAAAUCCUGCACUUACGGACGACUUGCUGGAAGAGCUGUUCCGAACCCUGCCAGAACGGGCGCUCGUAUUGCUUGAGGAUGUCGACGUCUCCGGCAUCGAGUCAAGAGGCAGCAAUAACGGGCACAGCAAGAGACCUAGCAAGAACAAAAAGAAGACAGGCGUCACGCUCUCUGGGCUUUUGAAUUGCAUCGACGGGGCCUGCUCGGCCGAGCAUCGAGUGCUGAUCAUGACGGCCAACACACCUGACUCUCUGGAUCCAGCCUUAAUACGGCCUGGACGCAUAGAUGGGAAGCACCUCUUUGCGAAUGCGACCCGCGACGUUAUGCAGCAACAGUUUGCGCACAUCUUCUCGGACAUUCCCGGUGUCACUGAAUUCAGCUCAGAGUACAACAUUCCAGAGGAUAGGAUAACACCUGCGGAAAUCCAGGCUUUUCUACUCUGCCAUCGCAGCUGUCCUGCCAAUGCUGUGAAGAAUGCCAAGGCUUGGGCGGAUGUGAUUGUCGAGGAGAAGGCUACCGGGCGUAACGUGUCUUCCUUCACGGGUCGAAUUGGUGAAGUCAGUCAGAUUGAGACAGGAAUGGACCCUGGGGCCACAUCACCGAGCGUCUUCACACAAAGUCCGUCAGACCACCAGCAAUUGGUGGAAUUCGACAAUGAGAUGACUGACCCAUCCUCUGACAACAGAUUCGCGGCAGUGAACACUACUGACACGAUGAGCGAGAACGCCGCUCCAGCAGGUCAUGUAAUCGAGCAAGAGGAGGAUGGAUUUGAUCAAUACGACGAGUACGCCGCCUCAGAAUAUGCCGAUGCAAUGGAAACACAGGAGGAAGGAGAUGAUGGAGCCGACGAGUACGCAAGUUCAGAAGAUGCCGAGGCAAGCGAGAAAAAGGAGAAACGAGAUGAUGGGAUAGACGACUACGCCGCUUCAGAAGACGCCGAUGACCACCUCGCUUCAGAACAUGUCAAGGCAACCGAGCCGAAGGAGGAAGGAGAUAAAGGAAGACCCAAAUCCGCCGCUCCAGGAAACGCCAAUGUCAUCGAACAAAGGCAAGAAGGAGAUGACAAAAUCGACGAUGAUACUGACGACACUGAGCCCUCCGAUGCGGAUGUCGAAGAGGACCAUGAGGAUAAGUGGCUCGAAGAACUGGCGAUCAUCUUAUGGAGCGGGUGGUACAGUUUUUGA